AUGCAACCCACGGCUCCCCAAGCGCAACUAGCAAUCUCUGUAGCCGCCAUCGACACUCACGAUGAAGAUCCUAUUUUGAAUACCGGUCAUAUCGGUACCACUGCAGUGACCCGUAAAGCCAAAUCUUAUGGGCAUAAGUUGAUCAUCCAUUACACACACGAGAAACGUUUUCAAUCAUUCAAGAAAGAUAUGCAUACCAUUUACGAAGACGUAUUCAAGGACACACCAGCCAUGCAAGUGAAACUGAUCGUCGGCAAUAAAAAUCGUCGCAGCGCAAGACAGCAACUAAUCCGAAAGAAGCCAAGUAAAACAUUACUACAAAAUAAACCACCAAAGAGUGAGUAUGAGAGAAUCUUCAAAGCGCGAUCAUUCUUAAAAAUUAUCAACUCUGUCUCCUUCUUUCGAUAGGAAGACCAAAAAAAACCAGACAAGCCGAAGCAACAAGACAAUCCCGACCUUUGGCUCUCUCGCCAUCACUACCCUAAUCCCAACCCACUGAUGCCCUUAUUUCCUCGCACUACCUAGUAGACACACUGUCCGAUUGUAUCCA